CUUGUGUGAAUGAAAAACAAAUAAAAAUCAAAUCAUGUGUGAAUGAAAAUCUGUCCAAAUUUUUAGAAAUGUUGAGACCAAUAGCUUUAGCCUCUCUGCAUCUAUCUAAUAUACGAUAAAACCUAUCAGUUAUAACCAUUAACAAAUCAACAUUAGAACAAGAAAAUCAAAAUCCAUACUGAUGAUCAGAAAGUAAGUUUUUAGAUUUCAAUAUAAAAUACAAAAAGCCAUUGUCAUCACCAAGUUCUCUAAAUCUCUCAUUCACAAAUAUUCAAGGUUUUUGAAGUAAUUUUUUUCCUAUUAGUCUUAUCUUUUGCUAUGUUCACCAAACCUCCUUGCUCUUUGUCAGACUAAUUUGAGUUCUGUUUCUUCUUGUGACCUUAGUGUUGAUGGUUAUCUUUCUUCAAUCUGUAAAAAUUCGUAGCACUUGUAAUGGCCUUGUAAAGACUUGUAAUAGUCGUCACAUGCACUUGGGUAGAAAUUGUUUAUCUUCCUGCUGACAAUUGUUCUUCUUAUGUUACUUCUUGGAAUCAGCUGUUAUUGAAUCUUUAAUUCCCUAUUGACAAUUCCAAGUCAAGCCUUACUCUUCUCCAUGGUUUUCCGCUCAUUGUGGUGCUGCAAUUUCUAAUUGUAACCAUUACUUUCAUAUCUAUCGCCAAAACAAUACUAUAGAAAACAGAUGGCAUUUUACUAUUGCAAAAAAAACAUUGUAAAAAGGUUUUGUCUAAAUCAAAGCCCGCUUUGAUUUAGACAAAACCUUUAUACAAGAUUUUAUGACCAUUCACAGGUCAUAAAAUCUUGUAUUUCAUCUCAAAAUUCGGCUCCAGAGACUUUUUUAACAAUUUUUAACAGUGCAGCAUGGAAAAUAACAGCUGGUCAAUGGUCAACAUACGCCUGAAAUAAAUAAGAUUACUAUUUUGACCUAUCAAAAUGAAUUUUUGCCAGUCAUGUUUGACCAGUUAUAAAAAAAAUUUGAGUUUUGAAAAACAAGGUUUUGCAAAUAUUCAUGAUGUAAUUUGGAAAAUCCAUACAUUAAAUUUUUCCAAAAUCGUUUAAAUUUUAAACAGGUGUUUAAAAUAGUUCAUGUUCAUGAUAUGCUACUUUAAUUUAAUUCCUUAACAAAUUUAUGGCAUAAACUAAAUCAUUAUUUUAUUUUGCUUCACUUACUUAAAUUACUUUUAUUUUACUGGUGGUUAAUUAGUACUGUAGAAUUUGGCCAAAAAAUAGUGAAACCUAGAAAAAAAUUUUAUAGAGACAUUAUAUAUCAUUAGAAAGAUAAUUUUAUCUGCUUUCUAAUGGUGUACCUUGUCACUUUUUUGGAAUUGAGCAAAAAAAAAUGGUGGAUCAAAAUGUAAAUGUAGAUUUUUUCAUUUUAUUUAAAAAAUUAACUAAAUAUAAAACAGUGUUCUUCGAUAUCAUAGCUUCAUUAUUAAAAAAAGUUCAAUUGCCAUCAUGUUACUGAACAAAAGGAAUUAAAUAUUUCUAAAAGCUUAAGUAUUCAUUUUAUUAUAAAAAUGAGCUUCUCUUUGAGAUCGUAGCUAUUAUUUAAAAAUUACUUAUAUUUUCAAUGUGUUUGAAACAGCUGUGAAUUAAAUAUUGAAUUAGAUAUAAAAAAAACAUUUUGUGUAGUUGACUGUCUUUUUAUUUAAAGAUAAGAUAAUAAUGGAAGAUGAAAUUGAAACUGAUAUAUCAAACAGAAUAACGUUAUGUGUUAAAUGCGGAGAAGAUGUAAGAAUGCAUGAUCCUUUAAAUCAUGUAGGUUCGAAGUAUUCUGAUUCAAGCAAGAAAAAACAUCCCCUGACUGCAAUUAUAGAGCAUGCUAUGAAGCUUAAUUUAGAUACUUUUGUUGAUAAGCUCAAACUGAACAAAAGAACAAAAGCAAACACUUAUAUCCAUUUAUCAUGUAGAAGUUUUUUAAAAAAUCGCUCUCGAAAAAGAUCAAUGAAAUUCGAGACAGAACGUAUUGCUAGAGCCAAAAUGGAACUAUUUGAUUUCAAAACACAGUGUUUUUAUUGUGGCGGUGAUUGUGUCUAUGACAGAAAAAAUCCAAAUCGCAACAAAUUUGAAGAAGUACGUACAAAAAAAGCAGCCAUAUAUUCUUCCACCAUCGAAAUAUGUCGCAAUAGAGAAGAUCAACUUGCUAAAACUAUAGAAGCACGUUUAAUCAGUGUGAAUGAUCUAGUAGCAGCAGAAGGCAGAUACCACGUAUCAUGUAGAGCCAGCUUCGAGAACCCUUUACUAAAAUAUUUAACAUCUGGACGUCCUACUUGCAGUAACAAAAUGACAUCAUUCAAUACUAUAUGUGAAUUGUUAGAAAGGGACAUAGAGUUGUACACGUUGUCAGAAUUUCAUUUGAAAAUGAUGUCAAUCAGUGAUGACGUUUAUUCAAUAAAAAUGAAAUUAAAGGAAGUUUACGGUAAGUCUUUACGCUUUGUCAAAAGAGAAGGCAGAAGCAAUAUAAUUCUAUUGGACAGUGUUAGAGACAUUUUAUGUGAAAAAUGGUACCAAGAAUAAAGCACAAAUGUAAACGAGGAGAGAGAGCGUGUUGUUAUAACAGCUGCAAAACUUUUGAAAAAUGCCAUAAAGAAUCAUGACCACAAUUCAAACGUAUAUCCUUCCAAAGAGGACAUCCUAAACAUUGAAGGAACCUAUAUACCUCAAUUAUUAAAAGCAUUUGUUAAUGAACUAGUUCAGGCACCUUUAAAACAGGUUUCAAUAUCACAAGCCUUAUUUUCUGGAACAUGUCCCAGGUCUAUUAUGCCAUUACAGUUUGGACUAAGCCUUGCUGUCGAUAACCGUCUUUCAUCAAAAUGGCUGAACAUACUGCUAUCAAAAUUAGGAUUUGGUGUUAGUUAUGACGAGGUUAUCCGUUACAAACAGAAUGUUGUAAAGCAUGAUACUAUCGACGAAAUCAUCUCUGGAGAGGGAACCUCAUUUCUUCAAUUUGUAGCUGACAACACAGACCAUGACAUUGCUACUGUUGAUGGAAAAAAUACGCACCAUGGACUUGGGUCAAUUGCAAUUGCAAUUGGAAAAUUCACAGACGUUUCGUUCAAAAGAAAUAAAAUUCCUAGAGAUAAAAAGGAACUAUGGUCAAAUAUCAAGUCAAACGAUGGGAUAAUGAUUAGGCAGUACUACAUACCUGACAUACCUUCAUUAACAAAAACAAUAUUCAAACCAGUCAUUCAGGUUUGUUAUGCAUAUUACAAUUUAAAAAAGUAUUUACUUCUACCAAGUUUGAAGUUUGAAAACUAAUUGUUUUAUUUAAUUUUAAGAAAAAAAUUCAAGCUCGUUUUUCUGAUCUUCUAUGGAACAUUGGCUACCUUUUCAAAAAUCCAUGCCCAAGUUGGUCUGGCUACAUGAGUUCUGCAACAAAUAAUAUUGUAAAACAUAAAUCUUACAUUGCUAUACUACCUGUGAUUGAUUUACACGCUACUAAUUUGACAGCCCUAUAUUCACUACUUUGCUUCAUCAUUGAUCACUCCAAAAAAGUGAAUAUUACAAUGCCAUCCAUAACAUUUGAUCAGCAGCUUUACAUAAAAGCAUACGAAAUAGUCUCUACAAAAAACUUAAAUAUAUUUGUUCGUCUCGGAGGUUUCCAUCAACUUAUGAGUUUUCUAGGUUCAAUUGGAUGUAUGAUGGAAGGAAGUGGUUUGAAAAGCGCUCUUGAAACAGUCUAUGCCCCUUUAACAGUAGGACACAUGCAAUCAGGAAAAGCAUUUUCACGUGCUAUACGAGGCCAUUUUUUAUGUGCAUAAGCAAUAAAUUCACUGAUAUUAAAGGAUUUUUCAGAAAGGUAGAGGUGAAGUUAUUGGUAAAGGCAUGACUGAAAAUGUGUUAAGGGUGUGGACGAAAACAUUGCAUUGAUGCGCUGAAGUAAGUGAUAGGAUGAGCACUCUAACAUUUCCGCAUAAAUCUGUUGACAAACAUAAAGAAAUGUAUCCUGGAAGAAUGAAACGUGAUAGUGAUGACUUUAAAAAAAUGCAAUCAUGGUUUUUUGCUCAUAACCCAUUCAUGGUUGGAGAUCAACUUGUUAGUUUGGACUCUGGUUUAAUGGAUAAUCAGAAAAUAAUUACCUGUGAUCGGUCAGAAGAGAUAGGAGCAUCAAUACACAAAGUGCUAAAUGGUAAAACCUACACAAAUUACUCUUUCAAACAAAAAAAUCAAAUAACAACACUCCAGAGCUUAUACUCCUGCGUAUCAAUUUAAGACGAAAUUGUUACAAUUGACCCAUUAACACUUUUUCUAAGAUUGAUUGUUGUUGUUGAAAGAAAGCCAGAGAAUGAAGUGGAGAGUUACUUUCAAUAUGAGUUAUCACCAUAUCCAAGAUCCUUAUUUAAUAGAGGUGUCAUGAGAUCCGCACAAAAGUCAACGUUGAAAACAUUCAUACUCAAUAAUGUAUCACCAGUAAAAGAACCUGUAUCAACCAAGAUGGCUGAUGGGGGCGCAUUAUUGUGGUGCUGCAAUUGGAAAAAAAAUGAGUUAUUUAGUGAAAUUAAUUUAUACAUUAAUUUUGCUCAACACUUACAGCUUGACACGAUCAUUUUUGAUGGUUACCAGUCGUCCACUAAAGAUAGUAUCCACCAAAAGCGAUCUGGUAAGAUAUCACAAACAGUUGAAAUCAAUGAUCUCAAUCCAUGCCCAGCAGAAAGAAGUAUUUUCCUAAGUAAUUACAAAAACAAAAAUGAUUUUGUCAGACUUUUAGCAUUGAAGUUACAAAACAAUGGUUUUAAAGUUAUUUGUUGUCCCAGUGAUGCAGACACAAGUAUUGUUAAGCUAGCACUUGAGAUUAACAACGUUGAGUCAGUCACAAUUUAUUCGGAUGACACUGAUAUUUUAUGUCUAUUAAUGCAUCAUGUACAUACCGGAGCACAAUCUCAAGGCAUUUUUUUAAAAACGUUGACACGAAAUAAGGCUACAGAUCAAAGAGUAUGUUAUAAAAUUCAGAAUGUUGUAAAUACAAGUGAUGAUACUCUUUUAAAUUAUGUAUUAUUUGCACACACAUUCACUGGGUGUGACACAACAUCAGCAAUCCAUAACUUCGGCAAAACCACAAUUUUUACGAAGUUAAAAAAUUCAAAUGAAUUGAAAUCUACUGCAGAUCUAUUUUAUCAGGAAAACAUUUCUACAGAUGAUAUUGGCAAGGGAGCUAUUCGUUUUUUUGAGCUGCUUCAUUCACCUUGUUUCAAUCUAAAACAGAUCAGGAAACAUAAAUAUGAUGAAAUGGUGGCAUCUGAUCGUGCAAGUAUUGAUCCUGCUCUAUUACCACCAUCACCAAGAGCUGCAUAUUAUCAUGGACUCAGAGUUUAUCACCAAAUGAAAGUAUGGUGAAAUUUGAGUGACGUUGAUUUAGAUCCAUUGAGUUGGGGAUGGGUAAUACAAAAUCAAAUGUAUGCACCAAUUAUGACAGAUAUAGAAGCAGGUCCUCAAGAUAUUUUGAACAUCAGAUGUGGCUGUAAAGGUUCGUGUGGAAAUAAAUGUACUUGUCAAAAAGCUGGAUUAAAUUGUACAUCAUCUUGUAAAGAGUGCCAUGGCGUAACAUGCCCAAACAGUAAUAUUAAUAUUCCAGAAGAAGACAUUGAAGAGAAAGAAAGACAUUUUCUAGAUGCUUUUGAGAUAUGAAAGAUUAUUUUUAUAUUAAAAAUGUAUUUAUAUAUAAUUUAAAAAAUAUAUAUGGUGUCAGAUUAUUUUGUUAUAAAUAUUGGGUUAUAUAAAUGAGGAUCGCUGUAAAUUGGAGGGGGGGGAGAGCGUCCUAGGAAACAUUUUUUUCAAAUUUUAAAAAUUAGGCAUAAAAUGUAAUAUAAAUUAUAAAUUUAUAUAAAAGAAACAUUUUUACUCCUUGCCCAGGUAAAUAUCGGCGUCGCAAUCCGUGUUUUUUACAAAAAUUGCUCAGGUUAGCAGAAAUCCUCUAUUCACCAUUUCAUCUGCCAUUUUUUUUGCUCAAAUCAAAAAACUUGACAAGAUAC